AUGUCUGGAACCGCUGCCUUGAUUCAGGAAGUUCAGAGCGCUGGACUGUACGUUUUGGACGUUAUUCUGGCGCUGAGCACGGCUCAGAAGAUCAUGAUUGUGGUUGCCCUUCCUUUCGUUUACUCUAUUGUUUGGCAACUGCUUUAUUCCCUGAGAAACGACAGAGUGCCUCUUGUUUUCUACUGGAUCCCUUGGCUGGGAUCUGCCAUUCCAUACGGUAUGCAGCCAUAUGAGUUUUUCGCCCAGUGUCAGCAGAAAUACGGUGAUUGUUUCUCUUUCCUGCUGUUGGGAAAGGUCAUGACUGUGUAUCUGGGUCCCAAGGGCCAUGAGUUUAUUUUGAACGCCAAACUGAACGACGUUUCUGCUGAGGAGGCCUACACCCAUCUGACGACACCUGUGUUUGGAAAGGGCGUGAUUUACGACUGUCCAAACUGGAAGCUCAUGGAGCAAAAGAAGUUCGCCAAGGUCGCCUUGACCAAGGACUCGUUCAUCAAGUACGUCCCAAUAAUCAGAGAAGAGGUUCUUAACUACGUGAACUCUGACAGCCAGUUCAGGGGCAAGAAGGGCAAGGUCAACGUGCUGAAGUCCCAGCCAGAGAUCACCAUUUUCACGGCCUCGAGAACCUUGCUUGGUGAAGAAGUGAGAAGCAUGCUCAACACUGGAUUUGCUAAGCUGUACUCCGACCUUGACAAAGGAUUCACCCCAAUCAACUUCGUGUUCCCUAAUCUGCCGCUUCCUUCCUACAAGAGAAGAGACGAAGCACACAACAUCAUUUCCAACACAUACAUGAAACUGAUCAACAAACGGAAGCAAGAAAACGACAUUCAGGACAGAGACUUGGUUGAUGCCCUGAUGAAGAAUUCUACAUACAAGGACGGCACGGCGAUGACCGAGAGAGAGAUUGCUAACCUGCUGAUUGGUGUUCUGAUGGGAGGCCAGCACACGUCUGCUUCCACCUCGUCGUGGUUCCUGCUCCACCUCGGCGAGAGACCAGAUUUGCAGGAAGAGCUGUACAACGAGAUCAAGUCUGUUCUUGGUGACAGAAAAGAAGUGACCUACGAGGACCUGCAGAACCUUCCUUUGGUCAACAACACCAUCAAGGAGACACUGAGACUGCACAUGCCUCUGCACUCGAUUUUCAGGAAAGUGAUGAACCCGCUGCAAGUCCCUGACUCCAAGAUGAUUGUUCCAAAGGGUCAUUACGUGCUUGUCUCUCCUGGUUUCGCCAUGACAAACGAAAAAUACUUCCCGAACGCCAACACGUUCGAGCCCCACAGAUGGGAUGUGUCUCAGAAUGCUGGAUCGUCUGAUUCAGACACAGUGGACUACGGGUUCGGUACUAUUACAAAAGGUGUUUCCUCGCCAUACCUGCCAUUUGGAGGCGGUAGACAUAGAUGUAUUGGUGAGCAGUUUGCAUACACUCAGCUGGGAACUAUUCUGGUCACGUUCAUUCAGACAUUCAAGUGGACCAGUAAGCUUCCUAAGGUUGAUUACUCUUCUAUGGUGACUCUCCCUGAAGAGCCUGCUGAGAUUGAAUGGGAGAGAAGGGCAGAUUAA